GAGGCGGCGUCGUUAAGGCUGACUCUCUGGCACAUUACCGGAUUUGUUUAACGACUUCCAUGAAGCGCUCGGACGCACUGAUGAUGAAGGAUUCUGGACGCCUUUUAAAACCACGGGUAUCUGCGAGACUGCAGCGGCCGGUGUGUGAUGCGAACUGAGCCGUGGGUGGCGUAGACCCCCACCCCGCUAACCCCCUAACGCCUUAUCCGCGACCCCCCUUCCCCUCCGACCGGGACGCACAGCCUUGUUUCGCUCCACCGGGGGAACAUGUCCCGGGCAGCGGCGAUCGCCAGCUCCCUGAUCCGCCAGAAGCGGCAGGCGAGGGAGCGCGAGAAGGCGAACGCGUGCCGCGGCGGCGGCAGCCCGAGCAACAGCAAAGGCACCAACGAGAAGCCGAGCAAGCUGAACGUGUUCUCGCGCGUUAAAUUGUUUGGAUCGAGGAAGAAACGGAAGAGAAGGCGACCACCAGAGCCCCAGUUGAAGGGCAUUGUGACCAGGCUCUCCAGUCGACAAGGCUUCCAGCUGCAGAUGCAGCCUGAUGGCACCAUCGAUGGAACCAAGGAUGAAGACAGUACAUAUGCUGUGUUCAACCUGAUCCCAGUGGGGCUUCGUGUUGUGGCCAUCCAGGGCGUCCAGACCAAACUGUAUCUGGCGAUGAACAACGAAGGCUUUCUUUACACCUCUGAACACUUCACCCCAGAGUGCAAGUUUAAGGAGUCGGUGUUUGAGAACUACUACGUCACCUACUCCUCCAUGCUGUACCGGCAGCAGGCCUCCGGUCGGGCCUGGUACCUCGGACUCAACAAGGAGGGCGGCAUCAUGAAGGGGAACCACGUCAAGAAGAACAAGGCAGCAGCACACUUCAUACCCAAACCGCUCAAAGUGGCCAUGUAUAGGGAGCCCUCCCUCCACGACCUGACAGAACUCUCAAGGUCGGGCAGCGGCACGCCAACCAAGAGCCGCAGCGCGUCGGCUCUACUUAACGGAGGAGGAAAAUCGCCCAGCACCAAUGACUUAUCCUAGCCCCUCACAACUCACAUGCACACUCACACAUACACCUACACGUAUAUACAAACACCACACACGCACACAUACCAACAGAUCUCAGGCCGACAUGCCCACACAUCAGGCUGGUGAGGGGCGAGAGGAGGAGGAGGAGGAAGAGGAGGAUGCGAGGACAGGAAUGUGUUCUUCCACUUCACGGAGCUCACUGUGACUGACUGUGAUGUAAAUAAAUAAAUCAAGGACAAUCAAUCGAUCUGGCUCCGCUGCUCUGGUCUGCAGAGGGACAUGACCUGCAGAUCUCUUCCCUUGACUCCUCUUCCUGCUGUACAAUAACCAGAGAGAACAAGGGAGUGAGGGCUUAGAAAACAGAGGCAUAGAUAAGAGUCAGUCAGUCACAUAGUGCGAUAAACAGACUGUUACAGAGAACCAAAGAGUACAAGUAUUAACUCACUAAGUUACUGCUGUGAAAAGGCACGAGGCAGGACAGACAGACAGCUACAAAGGAAAGAAGGAGAGAAGUCUAUCUAAUCUACCGUACGCUAUGUUUACACAGAGCUCAUGGGGUUAAGUCAUAUUUUUAAAAAUGACAACGUAUCCUUGUACACUUCUAAGGACUGAUCAUUUGUUUGCAUGCAGGUGCGCCUGUGUGAGAGUGUGUGUGUUGUGUGUGCGUGGGCAAGAGAGAGAGAGCGAGUGUGCGCACGCAUGUGUCCGGGUCUGGGGGGGGAUUUUACCUUUUUAAGAUCUGUUGUAUAUCAGACAAACCUCCAGAGGGCUUUAGCAGGUUAAAAUAAGGUUUACUGUAUAUGCUUCCAUGCUUACUUCUUACAAGCAAUGCUGUUGUUUCUCUUUCCGUUCGUUGUUGUUGUCCCUUGCUGUUUGUUUGUUUGUUUGUUGUUGCAUGGAAGCUUGUGGACCUCUGCUCAGUAGCAGCAUGCCGAAAGGUCCUUUUUUUUCUGGUCUUACGUGUUCCUGACCACAAGUGAACACUAGUGAGCCAACAGUGUCAUACCAGAACACUAGUGAACCGGUGAGAGGGCAAGGGAACACCACUGGACCAAUAGUACUGCACCAGAAUAUGAGUGGACCAAUGGUGUUGGACCAGAACCAGUUUAACCAAUGCGAGCACAGAUUAACUUAAUAUUUUGGUUCCUGCCGUGGACAAACUAGAA